AUUCACCGUAUAAUGGAUUUGGAGCCUAUAUUUUGGCUAGUAAAUAAAAUUCCCAAACUACCUCAUCCUUUCAUACCCUCACUCAACUUUCUCUGCUUUCUCUUCACUGAGCAACCACCACACCCGUUUUCUUCCGGGUCAGAAAACCACUUUCCGACUGGGUCGGACUUCUGCUCCACCAGGCCCAACACCGGCCCACCUGCAACUCCACACCGCACCUUUACCAAAAUCCUCUAUUCAGAUCCGAUAUUGGCCGCGAGUCCUGGAGAUGCAAUGAUGCUUACUUGGUUGAAUACAUAUAACCUCUCGCCCUCUCGGUGAGCCUGCUUGAAUCCAUCUUGCUUUCUGUGGCAUAAAACUUCAAGCAUGGAAGUUUCUUGCCACCACACUCUUUCUCUAUCGACUAAUUUUCCAAAGUUUUUCUCUACAAUGUCCGCUACUGGAUUACUUACUUCCAUUCCAUUUCAUAACACUGCUUUCCUGAAUUUAUUUCCAUGUAAACUCAAUUUAGUGCCAAAUUUUAAAGCUGAGGCUAUAGCAACUCAUAAUGUGGGUCUUAAGGACUUACCACACCGUAAAAACUGCAUAUUGUCAAGAAUCCAACAUGCUAAUGAUUUUGUUAACUCUAAUCAUCAAGCUGUGGAAGAUGAGGUAGUUGAAUUUUUUGCUCUCCUUAACCAAAUAAACAAAAAUAGUGGUGGAACUAACAACAUUUCUUCCACUUGUAAACAAGUCCAUGGUCAUCUUGUCAAAGUGGGUGCUUUAAAGGCUGAUGCUUUCAUAGGGAAUAUGCUAGUGGUGGCGUACUCAAAGAGUUUAGAGUUGUUAAAUGAUGCUAUCAGGCUAUUUGAUGAAAUUCCAAGAAGAACUGUAUCCGCGCAUGCUGCUUUGAUAAGGUCAUUCUGUCGAUCCGAGAAAUGGGUUGAUCUUUUCUUGGCUCUUGGGAUGAUGAUAAAUGAUGGCAUGUUACCUGACAGAUAUCUUAUACCAACUAUCUUAAAAGCUUCUUCUGUGAUGGGAGUGGAAAACAUUGGUAAAAUGGUUCAUGGAUAUGCCAUUAGAAGAGGGCUUGAUGAGGAUGUUGUUGUUGGGAAUGCUCUUAUUGAUAUGUAUACAAAUUGUGGGGGAUUACGAUUGUCGAAGAUUGUUUUUGACACAAUGAACUCACGGGAUGUGGUUUCUUGGACUGCCCUCAUUGUUGCUUAUAUGGUUCACGGUCUUCUUGACAAGGCAAUGGAUAUAUUUUGCAAGAUGGAGUUGGAAGGUGUGGAAGCCGAUUUGAUUUCUUGGAAUGCCCUUGUCUCAGGCCUUGCCAUGAAUGGGGAGAUUGAAAUGGCUCAUAGAAGUCUAGAAGAGAUGCAAAGAAAAGGGGUUAGGCCAGAAGAGAACACUUGGAAUGGAAUUAUUUCAGGCUGCAUUCAGAAUGGAUUUUAUGGAGAUGCUUUAGAUGCAUUUGUUAAAAUGUUUCGGACUUCCUUGAUCCCUAAUGUUGUGACAGUCUCCAGCAUUCUACCAGCUUGUGCUAGCUUGAAGGAUCUAAAUUUGGGAAAAGCAAUUCAUGGAUACGUUAUUAAACUUGGUCUUCAUGGCAAUUCUCAUAUUGAUGGGUCAUUAAUUGGUAUGUAUUGGAAAAAUGGAAGGAUUGAUGAUGCAGAAAAUAUUUUCGUCAGGAUAAUGCACAAAAGUACUUUCGUAUGCAAUGAGAUGGUUGCAGCUUACAUGAGUGAUGGAAAUGUGGAGCCAGCUCAAAGCCUUUUUGUAUCAAUGAAAGACUCUGGUCCAAAACCUGAUGUUAUUACUUAUAACACUAUGCUUGCUGCCUGUUUUGGGCAUGGAAGAAUUGAGAACAUUUUCAAACUGCUGUAUGAAAUGACUGAAAUGGGUUUGCUACCAAAUGUUGUUACAUUCAACAUUUUAGUAUCUGGCUAUCAGCAAGCUGGCAUGAGUCAUGAAGCUCUGAGAUUUUUCCAGGCCAUGCAAUCACCUCAUAGUGGCAGCUUUCUUCCACAGAUAAUGGAAAAUUCGAUUGAACCAAAUACUGUAACUGUUACUGGUGCCCUUGCAGCUUGUGCUAAUUUAGGUUCUUGGCGCCAUGGGAAAGAACUUCAUGCUUAUAUUGUCAGAAAAGGGCUUGACUCAAAUAUUUUUGUAUCAAGCGCACUUGUUGAUAUGUAUGCAAAAUGCAAUGAUAUAAACUCAGCAACAGAUGUUUUUUGGAGAACAAAUAACAGGAAUACGGUUACAUGGAACACGUUGAUUGCAGGUUACAUCAACAGUAGGUUGGAGCAUGAGGCAUUCAAUCUCUUUGAUAGAAUGCUUAAAGAAGGGGUAGAACCAAGCCCUGUUACUUAUAUGAUACUCAUUCCUGCCUGUGGAGAAACAGGAGCUCUUAGAUUAGGGAGAGAAAUGUAUGGAUACCUUCUGAAGAAUCAGUUUGAUGAGUCUGAUGAUUACCUUGCAAGACCUUUGAUAAAUAUGUAUGAUAACAGUGGCAGGGAGGCCAAACAGAAAAUUGAUGAUGUGGAUGGCCUACCAAGCAUUUUUGUUCAGCAAUGUCCACAACCACAAGACAUCAGUGAUGGAAAUUUGAGAUGGGAGAGAGAGGAUACUUGUUCCAUCAAUGGUUAUGGGAGGGAAAAAAGGGAGGAAACUUGAGGAAAUUAUACCAUCCCAAUAUUAAAUUUGCUAAGCCAGCAUUCUGUAAAGUGCCAGUGCUUUAGCAAAGGUGGUGUGUCAUUUCAACAUUUUUCUCGGAGCAAUGGAGUGGGGCAGUGGGCCAGAAUUUCCAUAAUGGUUAUGCAUAAAAGUAUAUAACAAUAAUUUAGACAAAAUAUGGAAAGUUUAUGCAUGAGGAAAUAUCUCUGAUCCAAUGUGAAGAAGCUUCAUCGUUUCCUCUAGUAUUUCUUCAAGUUCAAAGAGCAUAAGGAGUUGCUUGCUUUGGAAUUUUCUCUAUGAUUUUAACUAAAGCAAAGGAUUAGUGAGUUACAUGUGAAGAACUAGUGUUAUUGCUACCUUGAUGUUGCUUGGCUCAGCAUACAGGUUAGUUGUCGUUUCUUGAUGUUUUCAUCGAAUUAGAAUUCUGUAAUGCUGUAUGGUAGGUUUAUUUGACAUGUCUCUAUAUACAUGCACUUCAAUCCAAGACAUUCUCUUGAUGAGUUAAUGUAUAUAAUUGUAGCCCAUGGUAAACUAUUUAGGUGCUAAAUACCAGUGUAGAUUUGCAUUAUAUGGGCCAUUCUUAUUAAAACUCUACUGAAGGCUAUUUUAAUAUAAGCUAUAUGGUAGCCUUUUGGUAUUAUUUGUGAUGUUACUUGUGCUUAUAUUAUCAAUGGACUGCAUGUAUAACUAUAACAUUUUUUAUUUUUAUUUUUAUAAUGGUUUAAUAAUUAUUAUACGAAUUAUAACUAGUGUAAUAAGUGUUUACCAAAGUCUUAGUUUGCGUUUGUCUAAUUAUGCUAUUAGUGGUAUUUCAUUGAUACAAUUUAUAAUGUUUACUAGGUGAAGAUAUGAAGCAUCAUUCCAUCAAUAAUGAAUAUAUGAAAUUCCAAUUAUUCUGCUGACCAAAGUAUCAUAAUGUCGAUAUCCUUUGGUUGUAGAAUAUAUGAACUAAAUUUGUAAAUGUGCAAGAUUGAGAAAUUGUUGAUAGUGAUGUAGGACAACAUAUUAUAUACGACUGAUGAAUUAGUUUUUCUACAGAAGGGAAACUUCCUUGAACUGUUACUUGGAAGGAAUUUGAAUUUAUCCUUCUGCAGCAUCUGCCCUGAACAACAUAGCUUGUGAAAUACAUGUGGAACAGAGUUUUCAAUUUACUAUACUGCUGUAGAUACGGUGAUGCUCUUUGGCGUAGCUGCUGCCUUGUGAAUUUGCUACAGCUGUAACUUCCUGUGUACUAUUUCUGUAGAAGUUGCUAGUAUGUCUGUAGCAAGUGUUGCUGCUUCUCUAGCUUCUUUCAGAGUUGUUUCUUGGAGCUGCACAAGCUACAACAGCAUAGCUUACCUGCUUUUUUCAUUGUUGUUUGUUGGUUCCAACUUCCAACUAUCUUUAUGCUUCGCAUCUGUUUUUGUUUGUUGAAUUGACCACCUUAUAUUUUGAUGAUUGACCUACAUAAAACAAACUUUGACUAACGACGUUUAUGAGUCUUGGUUAAAACAGAAGAUUCAGGUUUGAAGUUAAAUGUUCCGGAGUAGGAACAACAGAGUUUGGAAGACUUGAUGAUGAAUGCAAGCUUUCAAGAUGUCCUCACAACUCUAUAUUCUUAGUUACUCAGUGUACGAACUUAAGAAACAAAAGUGUUGGAAAGAAUUAAGAAGAAACUCGAAGUUCCUGAAGGAACUUGACGAAUGACUCAGAAAGUUUUAAACGAAAGUUUUAAAACGGUUUUCAAAAACCCUUAAUUUAAGGAAGUGAUAAAAAUCUGUUUUG